AUGUUGAAACGAGAGGCGACAAUCGAGUAUUCAAUCAACGAUUACCCGGACAUACUCGUCGAGGUGUUGAAGCGCCUCGACGGGAGAUCCUUAGGGGUGGCUUCUUGUGUAUGUAGACUAUGGUGGUCAAUUUCCAAGUCAGAUGAUUCAGUUUGGGAGUACGUCUGCUUUCGACGCGUGUCGCCUCCUCCACGUGUUCGGACCCUAGUGUUGGCUCUUGGAGGGUAUAAACGUCUUUACAUGGUUUGUGUUCGACCCGUACUUGGUCGCUGGAACGGUAGUGGUCGUAGUCGUUGUGGUGCUGAAUUGACUCGCCGAGUUUGGUCGAGGCAAGGCGCUCAGCUUUUGCUGUCGUUGUUUUGCGUCGAUUAUUAUGAGAAGUUGGGCAGCGGUGGCGGUGGCGGUGGUGGUGGGAGGAUUGGGAGUGAUGCGGUUCCGUCGUCUCUAAUGUUCUUGUGUAAGCCAGUUAAUGUUUAA